CGGCCCGCCGGCCCCCCGCGCACCCCGCCCCGGCCCAGCCACUCCCGCUGGGCGCCCCGACGGGGUCCGGCCCGGGGCGCGGGGGCCGCGGCCGCCGAGGAUGGGGAAAUCCAACAGCAAGUUGAAGCCUGAAGUUGUGGAGGAGCUGACCAGGAAAACCUACUUUACUGAGAAGGAGGUCCAGCAGUGGUACAAAGGCUUCAUCAAGGACUGCCCCAGCGGGCAGCUGGACGCAGCGGGCUUCCAGAAGAUCUACAAGCAGUUCUUCCCGUUUGGAGACCCCACCAAAUUCGCCACAUUUGUUUUCAACGUCUUUGAUGAAAACAAGGACGGGCGGAUUGAGUUCUCUGAGUUCAUCCAGGCGCUGUCGGUGACCUCGAGGGGAACCCUGGAUGAGAAGCUACGGUGGGCCUUCAAGCUCUACGACUUGGAUAACGACGGCUACAUCACCAGGAACGAGAUGCUGGAUAUAGUGGACGCCAUUUACCAGAUGGUGGGGAACACCGUGGAACUCCCCGAGGAGGAGAACACCCCCGAGAAGAGGGUGGACCGAAUCUUCGCCAUGAUGGACAAGAAUGCCGACGGGAAGCUGACGCUGCAGGAGUUCCAGGAAGGAUCCAAGGCGGACCCGUCUAUCGUGCAGGCGCUGUCCCUCUACGAUGGGCUGGUAUAGUCCAGGGCCCAGAGCUGAGAUGCCUGGGAACCACUCACCUCCUCCCGUGCCAUGAGGCCACCUCCACCCCGACACCACCACCCUCCUGUGUCCACCCAGCCUUUCUCCGCAUCCACGCCCCGCCGGGCUGCCCUGGAACCGUGAGGCCCGGCUCUCCUCCACCCGCCCCGCACCCACCCGCCGCCUGAAGCCACCGGCUCCAAUUGCCACCAACUUCUGCUUGUCCAGAAAGCGACAGUACGGAUGGGAAAAGGCUCCAGCCCUCUGCAAAACCAAGGACUCGGCUGCUUCGCAGGCGGCCUCUCGGUCCCUCCUGCUCUCCUGCGUGUGUGCUUUUGUUCUUUAUUUCAAACAGACAUUGAAAAAGAAAAAAAAAAAAAAAAACAACUACCUUCUGUCCUAGAAGAUUCAGACUGACAGAUGGGGAGAAGGCCUCGGGGACGUCAAAGAACUCUGCCUCCUGCCUUGAGCUUGUCAGCGAGAGAGGCCACGGAAGUCACGGCCUCAGCCACGGGGGGUCGGGGCGUGGGGGGGCUGCCUGCCCAUCGUGAUUUGGCGCCCCAUCCUCGAGCAGCAAGACCACCUGCGCGGCUAGGAUGAUUAAUUACAAUGUUGAUGAUUUUUUUGUGAUAA